GUGCACUGUGUAUGUUUAAGAAGUAUACAAAUAUUUAUUUCAAUCAAAAAAUAUAAUCAAAUAAUGUUUUAUUCCAAAAGUGUUUAAAUUUAAUCAAUGAUUAUUAUAAAAAAUGGUGUGAAAAAUGAAAUAUGGUCUCACAAACAUUGGAGAUAUUACGGCAAGGUGUUUGGGCAUCGUUGACAGGAGGAUGGUUUUUUGACCCACACCAAGAUGUUUAUUGCAAUACAUUUCAUUUAUACCUUUGGUUAUUUCUGUUAUGUUUUCCAUUUACUAUAUAUUUAUAUUGCCCACCAGAAGAAUUUGUAUGGUACAUUUAUUGUUUCAUCGUGACGGUAGUGUUCGCAGUAAUAAAAUUAAUCAAUUUGGGCCUUCAUCAUAUGUACGAUACUACUGAAUGUAUACAAAUUGAUACUAUCGAUAAUCGUUCAGAAAGUGAAAGACGUCGAGCACCUCAACAUGAUUUCCAAUCUAGAAGGGAGGAUGAAGGAAUUGAAUUACAAGAAAUGUCUAGCAACAGGCGUUCCAAAUCACCAGCACCGGCCGGUUCUUACGGAUCAUUUACAGAAGGUGGAGCUGUGGGUGGAACAGAUAUUGAUUCUGUGGAAUCAAUAGACUAUCCUAGAUCAAAUGGGGAAAAUGGUGAUUUUAAGUUAGGCAUGUCAAUCGAUUUAACAGUCGAUGUACAUCGUAAAAAUUCCUCUGAGAGUAGUGAAGAAAUGUCUUUCCGUCCAGCGUUGGAAGCUUCGGGAACAAGUGCAACUGAAGCAACAACAUCCAGUCAAACAACACAUAAAAACUUAUCAGAAAUUCAAAAUAAAGGAGUGUCAGUAUGUGAAAAUCCUGGUCCGGCUGGUGAUGCUUCGACAAUUCAAAUUGGUACAAUAUCUGAGGAAUCAUCAAAACGAUAUCGUCCAAGAAUGAAUUGCAUUGUACAUCCUCGCAAAUGUCGUAAACUAGCACAUCAAGUCAGUGUUGAUUUACAAGAUCAAAAUGAUGUAGAAACAGUUGAUCUUCCUGUAACACGCAGACAUUCCAAUGUAACAAAUUGCAGUUUAGGAUGUCUUCCUGCAGUUGAUCAAAUUAAUAUAAAACCAACAGGGUCAUUAGAACUUGGUUACAUAGAUAAAAAUCCAAAUGCACAAAUCAAUGCAGAAGGUUUUAAUUAUUGGAAAAAUCACAACAGUGCCUGUAUGCGACGUAUACGAAGCACCGCACUCGAAACAAGUUGUCCACCACCAACAAAUUUAGUGCCACAUCCAAAUAGUUUAGAAGUCAUCGGGGCACAAAGUACAUCGUCGUAUAGAAAUCCUGCAUUACCGCCACCAAGUACAACGCUAGUACGCAAUCCACAUUUAAGUUUAUGUCCAUAUUUUAGUUAUGGAUCAGAAAUUGUUUAUCCAAUCGCUGAACAAUCGGACGAACAUCAAACAUCACAUGGUCCUGAUUCGGAUAUUGAAUCAGUUAUUCAUAAUUCUGAUAGUGAAUAUGAAGAUCAAAAUAAAUUUAGUCGUUAUACAAUAUUAGUUCGUUUGGACGGGUUAGAAUCGGAUGUAAAAGUUUUAGGUUUAAAUAAUCCAAAAAUUGAAGAUGUACGCAAAAGUGAUAAAUGUAUUAAAGAGCGUCGCAAAAAUCAUCACCGUUUAAAUAAAAACUCAGCACAUAAAUGUUCAAGUAAUAGUUAUAGUACAGGCGCAUUAGACAAUAAUAAAUAUUCAGUUUACUUUCAAAAGCAAUUUGAUUCGGAAGAGAAUGUUGAACGUACAAGUGCCACAUCCAAAGACGCUUUAUUAGAGAAUGAUAUAUCAAAUUCAAGUGCAACACCAGAAAUGCAUGAUGCACGCACCGAUUGUAAUGCCACUGAUAAUGAGAAUAGUGAACGAAAAUUAAGUGAAUGUUCAUUUUGUUCUGGCAGUGAUUCUAGUCUGAAUACAAUUGAUGAUAAAUGUGAUAAUUGUCGAACAAGAUCAAAACGUGAUGAUAAACUUAAAUUAAGUGAUAUUGGUGAUUGUGAGAAUGUACAAAAAGAAAAUGCGACAGCGAAUAGUGGGGGCGCAAUAAUUCGACGAGGUGUUAAACGUCGAAGUAAAAGUAAAAAACCAUUUACAGCCGUUGCUGCAUCACAAACUACAAGUAGCACUGAAGAGCAUACCGAUUCGUCUAGUGUAGUUGGUUUAAAUUCUUUGUUUCAAAUAUCCGAUAAUGAACAUGAUAUUAUUUCUGAAUCGAAGGAUUCACGGCAUAAAACCGACUUAGAUUCAAGCAGUUCAAGUACAACAAUUAGCAUCGAUGAAAAUGAAUUAGAUAAAUGGAUAUUAGAACAUAAAGAAUGUAGAAAAAUCCCCGCAAAUUUUUCAAAAUGGGUCACAUCAACAACAAACAACCAACCAAAUUCAUCAAAUGAUUUAGAAACAUCAAUACGAAAGUUGGGUGCAAUACCAAAACACACUCGUACGGUCACACAUCGACAAUCGUUACGUAAUCCAGAACACGAUCGUAAACCUCGUAUUGUUGGUACAUUAGUAAAAAGUGAGUCAGAACGUCGAUGUACAUUUCGUCGCCGAUAUUCAACCCGUGAAGAUCGUGAAGGUGAUAUAUUACGCCCAAAUACAACAUUAGAUUGGAAUAUAACAUCAGGAAAUAAUUCAAAGGAGAAUCGUCCAUUACGAAAUAAGCAAAUAGCAUCUGUUGAAGGUCUAGAAUGUCUUGUACAUACAAAAAAUGGUGGUGGAUCACAGCGAAAGCGUAAUUUAUCACGUACAAAUAGUAAGACAGUUUCUCGAACACGUCGUUUACGAACAAAUUGUUACGAAGCAUCGUCAAGUAGUAGUAAUAAUGAGCUAAGUUCAUUAUUACCAGCCCCAGCUACGCCAUUACUUGCAGCUUUUUUAGAAUCAAGACCACCAGUUGGUGGUCAAAUUCCACCAUGUAGAAAACAUUCCACUGACCGUCCAAAUUCACCACCACGAAAUUGUCGUUUAAAACGUGGGGCAGCUAUAAGUCGUAGAUCACGUGCCAAUUCGCAUAUUGCAUCGUCACAUAAUGAUACAUCCGAAGGAUCCCGGCAUUUUUUUCGUGAUGAAUAUGGUAAUUUUUGGACUUACACAUUUGAUGAACGUGGCACUGGUGUACCUGUGUAUGGACCAUUUGCUCCAAGUAGUACUGCUGGUAAAUUAGUGCAAACGAUAUUUCGUCAACAACAUUAUCAAAAUCAAUUAAUUGUAGAUAACGAUUGGAAUGAACCAACGGAGAUGGUUAGCAACAGUACACUGUCGUUAAAUUCAUCUGGAUUAACAGUUGUGUUAGAUAGUCCAACAGCUCCUGUACAGGGUACAUCAUAUACCGUCCGAGUUGUAUCACCUUUACCCCCAGAACCUGUAUUACGAUUACCCAGUUCCCAAGGUGAAACCGAUACAGAUGUUGUGAUUGCAACAGCGUCUACAUCACAACGUCGUUUCCGAUUUAUGACAUCAAAUAUGUCCGUGGAGAAUUCAACGGAUAUGUUUCGUCAGCAAAAGUGUUAUUAUAAAUAUAAAAUAUGGCCACGGACUUACAUUCGUAUUUACACGGAUCGUUUAAGUUUAUUAGCAUUACUCGAUCGAAAUUUAUCGUUAUGGGAUACAUUUUUAUCGGUAAUGUUAACAACAUUUGUGGCUAUUUUUGGUGCUAUCUUAUUACAGUUACAUUUUUAUGAAGAUUUAUGUGCAUUUUUAUUUUGUUUUGUAAUCGCCGGAUGUCAAUAUUCAUUAUUAAAAAGUGUUCAACCGGAUGCGGCAUCUCCUACUCACGGUUUUAAUCGUAUUAUGGCAUUCUCACGUCCCGUAUAUUUUUGUUUAUGUUCCGGUACAAUUAUUAUUUUACACUUCGCGAUUUCAAAUCAGUCGGAUGAGAAUAAUCUCCGUAUGUAUGGAUUUGAAUUAUUUAAUAAAAACUUAUUAAUCAUGACAAAAGAUACGUUAUCCACACUCUUGUUAUGUUUUCCAAUUAUAUUUUCACUAGGAUUAUGUCCACAGAUAAAUACGUUUACAAUGUAUACUUUGGAACAGAUUGAUAUGCAUAUUUUUGGUGGAAAUGCAAUGUCAAGUUUAACAGCAGCAUUUUAUUCAGUUUUUCGAUCAAUGAUAACUAUUUUAAUUCUUUACGGUUUUGCAUAUGGUUCAAUGGCUGAAGAAAAAUGUGCCCAACAUAUUUUAUUCUCAAUUUUUUGUGGAUGUUUAAUUCCUAGUGCAUAUCAUUUAAGUCGAUGUGCAAGUGAUCCAUCAAAUAUGUGGAAUAUACUAAAAACACACUUUUGGCCACCCGAUAUACAUCGUGAUACCACACAGUUAACAGCCGGUGCAACAUCCAAGAAGAAAAAUGAUCCGAAAAAGGACGAAGAAACUGAGGAUGUUGUAAAAAAGAAGAAAACAAAUAAUAUACGACGACCGUCUGAUUCAGAAUUAAUUGAUCCGUUGCCACAAAAAUUACAACGGACAGUAAAUUUACGCUUAAAAAAUGAUAUGUUAAUAUGUAGUUUUGUUGGACUGUUGGUGUUUGGUUUACACACUACAAAUGUGUUUAGUGUACUUAAAACAGAAGUUUGUGAUGGAUUUAAAAUAUUUUUAAUUUGUGUGGGGUUAUUGUUGCAUUAUGUGAUACCACAUUUACGUAAACAAUUACCAUGGUUGUGUAUUGCAAGGCCUGUGUUACGUUCGCAUGAAUACGGAUUAUUUGAAGUGCGAACACCAGCAAAAGUUAUGUGGUUUGAAAAAUUUUACGUUUAUUUAUCGUUCAUUGAACGUAACAUCUUAUAUCCAAUAUUAUUUUUAAUAUCAAUGACACAGGAUGCAUUUGUGAUAAAUACAAAAUUUGGACCAUACGGUGCUGCCCUAAUAUUGUGUAUAUGUUCAUUAAAAGUUGUACGUGGUUCCUAUUCAGAUUGUAGUUAUCAAUAUCUAAUAUUAAGUUUUACAAUAUUAUUCUUUCGAUUUGAUUUUGCUGCUACAAGUGAAACAUUUCUUGUUGAUUAUUUUAUAGUGUCUAUAUUAUUUAGUAAAUUUUAUGAACUUUUAUUGAAAUUACAAUUUGUGGUAACAUAUAUUGCACCAUGGCAAAUUACAUGGGGAUCGGCAUUUCAUGCAUUUGCCCAACCAUUUUCAGUACCACAUUCUGCAAUGCUUUUUAUACAAGCUAUAAUUUCAGCAAUAUUAUCAACACCUCUAAAUCCUUUUUUAGGAAGUGCAAUUUUUUUAACUUCAUAUGUACGACCAGUAAAAUUUUGGGAACGUGAUUACAAUACGCGACGCGUUGAUCAUUCCAAUACACGUUUAUCAUCACAUUUAGAACGUAAUCUUGGCGCUGAUGAUAAUAAUUUAAAUUCAAUAUUUUAUGAACACUUAACGCGUUCGUUACAACAUUCGUUAUGUGGUGAUUUAAUGUUAGGUCGUUGGGGUCUUGUUAGUCAAGGCGAUUGUUUUGUAUUAGCAUCGGAUUAUUUGAAUUGUUUAGUACAUAUUAUUGAAAAGGGUAAUGGAUUAGUCACAUUUCAAAUGCGUGGUUUAGAAUUUCGUGGUACAUAUUGUCAACAACGAGAAGUUGAAGCUAUCUCUGAAGGCGUUGAAGAAAAUGAUGGGUGCUGUUGUUGUGAACCAGGCCAUUUGCCACAUAUGUUAAGUGUAAAUGCAGCCUUUAGUCAAAGAUGGUUAGCAUGGGAAGUUACAGCGGGGAAAUAUGUUUUAGAAGGUUAUAGUAUAGCCGAUAAUAGUGCAGCUUCUAUGCUUCAAGUUUUUGAUUUUCGUAAAAUUUUGAUUACAUAUUAUGUAAAGAGUAUUAUAUUCUACGUAACAUUAUCACCAAAAUUAAAUGAAUGGUUAAAAAAUCCAAAUAUAUUGGAUGCGUUAAAUCCAAUGUCAGAGAAAAAUUUUGUCGAUUUAGAUCCAGUAUUUAAUAUAAAUAUAGAUGAAGAUUUUGAUUCGCGUUGUGCAGGUAUUACAAAAGCUAGUUUUUGUAAUGUUUAUCAUGAAUGGAUCGAACAUUGUGCUGGACAUAUGCAAGAAACUGUUGAAAGUGGUCGUGAUUCACCAUUAGUAUUGUUAUGUUUUGCACUUAGUCUUUUAGGACGUCGUACACUGGGAGCUGCAUCUCACAACACAGUUUCAAGUGUGGAAUUUUUCUUAUACGGUUUACAUGCAUUAUUCAAAGGUGAUUUUCGAAUUACAUCAAUUCGUGAUGAAUGGGUAUUCACCGAUAUGGAAUUAUUACGUCAAGUUGUGGCACCAGCUGUACGAAUGUCUUUAAAAUUGCAUCAAGAUCAUUUCCGUGAACCUGAAGAAUACGAAGAACCAUUUACGUUGUAUUUAGCAAUUUAUGAUUAUCACGAAAAUUUAAUAAUUUCACAUGAAGGUGAUCCUGUAUGGCGUAAUGCUGUCCUUAGUGGUAAACGUAGUUUACUUGCACUAAGGCAUGUGCUCGAUGAAGGCACCGACGAAUAUAAAAUAAUAAUGUUAAAUAAACGCUUUUUAAACUUUCGUGUAAUUAAAAUCAAUCGCGAAUGUGUUCGUGGUCUUUGGUCAGGCCAACAACAAGAAUUAGUUUAUUUACGAAAUCGUAAUCCUGAACGUGGUAGCAUACAAAAUGCUAAACAGGCAUUAAGAAAUAUUAUUAAUUCAUCGUGUGAUCAACCGAUUGGAUAUCCAAUUUAUGUUUCACCUUUAACUACAAGCUAUGCGGAAACAAAUGACCAGCUAUGUUCAUUAGUUGGGGGAUCCUUAACUUUAACGGUGAUUAAAAAUACAGUUGUUACUUUAUGGAAUACCUUACGAAGACGUUGUGGCGAAGGUUGUUUAAGUGGAGGAUCUGUUGGUAGAACUAUGGAAGAAGGUGUAUUACAUGAUUAUGUGUUUACUUGUACGCUGCCAGGAAGUUUACAUUCGGCGCCAGGUCAUUCGACUGAAAGUACACGAGCUGGAAGUUUGGGAAGAAAUUCUUUAACCGGAGCUAAUCGAGGAAGUAUGAUAUCAGUAGGUAAACCAACAAAUUCAAAAUUAGCUAAUUUGGCUGGAUUACUGUCUGAAGGUGGAUCAUUCAGUCGUAAAGAACGACGAGAUGAUUUGAGUGUUAGUACAAGUACCGGUUUAGAACAAUCACCAGCAAAUGAUUCAAUCGCGACGGAUCAUCAAAUUACACCUCAUAGAGUUCGUAUAUUGGAUCCAAAUUUGGUUUAUGAUGCAAUUAAUCUUGGACGAAGAAUUGAUGUCACUUGGCCCGAUGAAAAAAUGCGUGCUCAUGGUGGUAGAUCAUACUGGAAAGAUUGGUUGCCUGAAAAGGGAAUGGAAGGAACGGUGGUUCAUCGUUGGAUACCAAAUCAUAAAGAUCCAAAUCGACGAUCGCAUGUAGAUCGAACAAUAAUUUUAAUAAAAAUAGAUGAUAAAUAUGUGCCUAUUGCUGAAAGUGGUGUACAAGAUUUAGGAGCUGAAGUAUAACAUAUUUUGUAUCAAGCCACGGAUCAAAUAGAGGAUACAAAUAAUGAACUAUGUACGUUUAUCUUCUACUAAAACCAAUUAUUGGUUAAUUUUAGA